AUGGACAAGUUACACGAACUCGCUUCCAAGAUCCCAGGCGGCAAGGGCCAAGAGAUCGUUGACAAAGGUAUUGGUGCCGCGGAGAAGAAGCUCGGUGGUGGUGGUGACCCUGCAAAGAAGCUCACCAAUGCAGGCCGUGAGCAGUUGGAGAAAACUGGAAAGAGCAUUCCUGAUAAGUUCUCUCACUAA